AUGCGCCUUCAGGUUCUUCAAACCCAGGGCCUUCCGCCCAACAGCGUCCUCUCAGUUAAGUCUGGCAGCUCCAGGCGCCAGCAGCUGCUGCCAUGCCAGGCGCCCUUCAAGGUGGAUCAGCCGCCGGUGCCGGUGCAGCUGGACGUGCUGACCUAUGCUGCGAAGGGGCAGGAGGUCCUACCCGAUCCGUCCGAGCAGUUCCUGAAGGUCCCUCUGAGCAAGGGCGGCAGGAACAUGAGCGCUGGUUGGUUGGUGACUCUCAUCCCAGCUGCUAAGGAGACCGGCCAGAGUGCAGAGAUGAGCAGGAAGGACAAGGAGCGCCUUUUGUGCCGUUCGCAACCCUGUGGGCACGUGCGCCGGCCUUCUUCUGAAGCAGACAGGCAGCUCUCAUUGAAUCGUAUCUCGCCAAGCACAGGCUGUCUGAUCCUGAGAUUCCUGAGCGUCCCAACGCUCCUUCGAGGGCCUCUGGCCCAUCUUGUCAUGGAGGAGUCCAUCUUGUCUUAUCACCACUGA